AUGGAUAUCGACCGCGCACGAACCCGUAGAGAGCGCACCUUUGUCGGUAGCGCAUGCGCCGUGUGCGAAGAACCCCUAGAACAUACCUUGCGCGGUGAACGAAUUUUACAAUUUUCGUGCACUCAUGUGUCGCAUGAGGCUUGUUUCUACGAGUAUAUCAAGGAAUUUGAAUCUCAAUAUUGUCCCACCUGCAAUGCGCCGUUAGGUUUGGACACUAGUCGAGGUGGAAAUGUCUUGGAUAUCGAGAAGUUGAGUAACAUAGUCCGCUCUGCGUCAGUCAGUGACGCUGCAACAACUCGAAGCACUCUGACCACCCCGACUCCGUGGGAUAAUCGUAACCAUAGCCAGCAGGCUCAUCAAGAAAGUCUCAGAUCUUACCAAAUGCAGCAGCAACAAGACCAUAAUAAUUUCAACAGGCGGGACAGUCGUGACACUAGUAGUCAACGAGAAAGGAUUGAACGAUUGACUUCAAACAGUUCUCGAAGACAGACGAGCCAUAGCCGUCAAGACAGUGGAAACACUGGUGUAGCGUCGUCGGGUGAAUAUACCGACGGGCAGCAACAGAGCACUGGCCGGCGACACGAUUACGACGUACAAGCCAUGGAAUCGGACUUGAGUCCACGGUCCGGCGCAAUCAAGAACCCGAUCCCUGCUCCCAUUGUCACUGUGCGCAGCGAGUUCCCUACGCUUAAUCGCUCACGCCAGCAGCAACCUUUGACUUGUGUCGUUACUGUCGAGGUUCCCGAUGGUCAUUGGCGACCAGAUAUGGACGUUCUUCGUUUUACGCCGUUGAAUGCUCAGCUUCCUCCAGAAGAUGUCUACUCGCCGAUUCGUUCACCGACUGUCAACUUAUCGCGUUCUGCUCCGGCGGAGUCUCGGGAGAAUCUGGACGAAAUUGCGGAGGACCUUCGUUUGCGAGUUGAGAAUUGGCAUGGUUUAGAAUUCCAACGAUUCGGCAAGCUCCUUUUACACGGAUCUUUAAAUGUUGGCAAAGAUCGGGAAUCGUGGCAAGAGCUCGAAUGUUAUCUGUUUGCUGAAAUGCUCAUUUGCGUAAAAGAAAAGAAAAUGGCCUCGGACGCGGCAGCAUAUGAAUCCAAACGCAAAAGCGGUCGUUGCUCGUUGAAAGGCUCAAUUCUGAUCAAGAAACAUUUGCGCGAAGUCGUUGUGGUGACAGAGGAGCCAAUUCUUACAUUGAACCUCAUUGUCAGUGAUCUACCUUGCUUCCAUCUCCGAUUCCAGAACAGGGGUCAAUUGGAUCUGUGGCGUCGCGCCUUUGCUGGAUUACACAAUCCAGAACCUGUGAGAGAUUUUGAUGCAGACAGCGCAAUUCGGGAAGAGGAUGAUUAUCGUACAACCAAGACCAACAAACGUCAGUCGUCGGCGACCUCCUCCUACGGUGCCAACAAAUCCAACAACACUGCGUUGACAGAGUACACCAAUUCCAUGCGAGAUCCCCGCCCCGCCCCUAGUUUCCAUGUUCCACUAGACUUGGUCGUUGUAAUACCAGUCUCGUCAUCUAUGCAAGGGUUGAAAAUCACUCUGUUGCGCGACGCCUUGAGGUUCUUAGUACUGAACCUAGGCCCACGUGAUAGAAUGGGUUUAGUCACUUUUGGAUCGAGUGGUGGGGGUGUGCCUCUUGUCGGAAUGACCACCAAAGCAUGGAAUGGCUGGGGCAAGAUUCUAAACUCGCUCCGACCUGUUGGUCAGAAGAGCUUGCGAGCAGAUGUGGUUGAGGGUGCCAACGUUGCUAUGGACCUGUUGAUGCAACGGAAGUCGAACAAUCCUAUCUCCACCAUUUUGCUGAUUAGUGACUCUUCGACUUCCGAUCCUGAAAGUGUUGACUUUGUCGUGUCCCGAGCGGAAGCCGCUAAGGUUGGAAUCCACUCUUUCGGCUUAGGGCUCACCCACAAGCCCGACACUCUGAUCGAAUUGUCGACUCGCACUAAAGCUUGCUACACGUAUGUCAAAGACUGGAUGAUGCUUAGAGAAUGUGUUGCUGGCUGUCUCGGUUCUCUACAGUCGACUUCCCACCAGAAUGUCAAGCUUAAGCUACGCUUACCCGAAGGCUCACCCGCCAAGUUUGUCAAGAUAAGCGGUGCUCUGCACACUACAAAGCGCGCUACUGGAAAGGAUGCCGAAGCUGCUCUGGGCGAUUUGAGGUUUGGCGACAAACGUGAUAUUCUUAUCCAGCUUGUUAUUCAGCCUGAUAAUGCCACACAGGAACAUGUUCCUCAGGACCCUUGGCAAAGUCUUGUAUCUGGUCUUGAAGCGCUCGGCGGCGGCUCUGAUGGUGACGAGCAGCGAGUGAUCAGUGUAGAGGAAGUUCCCCUGAUUCAAGCUGACCUUACAUACGGCGACAUUCUGCGCGAAGGACAUUUGACGCACUCUCCUCGUCCGUCGCUCUUGGCUAUUACCAUGCUUCCUCCUAACCCACGAGCCAAGCAGGGAGGACGACCUUCAACUCCUCCUAUCCCUCCUCAUCCAUCAAUUGUCCAACGACGAAUGGAACUAUUAGCAUCGGACAUGCUAACCCGAGCAUUGACCUUGGUAUCUCGCGGCCAACACGACCGUGCUCAACAUUUACUUCAUGAGACCCGAAGUAUCCUCAAGGGUCUUGGAAAAGGAGGUCUCCCACCUCUACCUCCUGGUGCUGGUAAGCCCAGCGGUCUUUUGAACGACUCCAACAGUCCUUCAGGGACACCUAACUCGACGUCUCCACGCUCGUCGCACUUCCAAGAAACAAACAGCUCAUCCGCUGCAUCUGAGACAGCUACCAUUACUCCUGUUGCUGCUGUUGAUCAACACGUCAUGUCGGCUCUCGAUGCUGAUUUGGAAGCAGCACUCGAGUGGAUCAACCAUCCGGCCGUCUUCGGACGUGAUUCCCGCAAAGCCGUGCUUCAAGCUAUUGGUGUCGUUUCGUCGCAACGAGCGUUCACAUACCGCACGCCUUCUGAGUCCUUGUGGUCAGAUCGUGUGGCUGGUGUGAAGCGACUGGCCGAUAAGUCCAAGGAGUGGCGUGAGAUGGGCGAUGAUGCCUUGACCGAAGAGUAG